AAACCCCCGCGCAACCCGGGUUAACUCCCCGUCCCACCCUUAGCAGCGCGCUAAAUGCGGCAGUUGCCUCUCAGCUGAUCUCGCUUCGAAUCGCAGAUAGAUCGACGUCAUGUGCAUGUGUGUACCCGAACACUGCCCUGCUGGAUGGCAAACUUUUGCAUGCUACAGUAUGGGCUCGGCGAAAGUAAGCAUGUGGGGAAUGCCGUCUAUCUCGCCCCUUCUCCUCUUGCGUCACCUGUGUAUCCGGCCGGUAAGGAAUGUGACGACAAUGUUCGCCGGCGGGCGAGAUCAUUGCAAAGAAUUUGAGUGCGACGUCGGCCAUCUUGCAGCCUGUCGACGGGCUGGUUAUAGGCAGAUGAAGUCCUCCAAGGGAAAGAUAGCAUCCAUUCCCAGUCGCUACAACCUCGAAUAUCGAUGAUAUAGCCUACCGUAUUCUCGAUCACAACAGUAGAUAUCCUUACGGCACAGCAUGAACAACGUCACGCAGAACGCUGCUCAGGCUCCCAAAGCUGUCGCCCAUGUAGCCACCGCCGCUCCCAAAGUCGCUGGCCGACAAGCAGCACAAGCCCCAACCCUAGCCAACAAACGAGCCAGAAGCUUUGCUCGCGCCGUCCACCGUCCCUCAUAUGUCAGGACCACCGACCCGGAAGAUUGUGAAAAGGGUAUCAUCGGCGGUGGCAAGGGUUGGCGAGUCCGGAGUGCACAGGAAGGGAAAGCAUCAGAAGACGAAGAGACCAGGAUCGGUUCGGAACAGAGUUCGAGGAAUGAGAAGGAGAGCGACCCUUAUGAUUUCCCUGCGACGUAUACCAAGAAAUCAAAGGACAAGGAGGGGAACGAGGUCAUCCUCCUAAAGUUCGUCGAGGGAGACCGAGAAGACCCUCUCAAUUGGUCGAGGGCUUACAAAUGGUAUACAACGGGACUACUAUGUUGCAUGACCCUGUUCAUCGGUCUGGCUACGACAUCCUACAGUAGCAGUAUUGGAAGCAUGACGCGCCAACUGGGUGUUUCAGAGCUGGCCGGCCAAGGAGGUCUGACCACCUUCAACGGAGUCUGCGCCAUCGCCCCUCUGAUCAUCGGACCGCUCACCGAGGUCACCGGUCGACGAUACACAUAUAUCUUCAGUCAUAUGUUCUUCGUUCUUACUUUCUUGCUGCUCGCCCUGAAGAACAACAUCGCACAAGUUUUGAUCGGACGUGGGAUCUUGGGGAUGUUCGGUAGUGUCGGGACGAUUCUCGUCGGAGGAACCUUCGGUGACAUCUGGAAACCCGUCGAUCGUACCGUUCCCACAGCACUCUUCUCCUACGUCGCCAUCUUCGGCACCGUCGCUGCUCCCAUCUACGCUGGAUUUGUAGACGAAUCUCUCGGACCAUGGUGGCAAGAAUGGAUCCAGAUGAUCCAGAACGGAGUCCUUCUCGUCGUAGUCGCCUUGACGCUGAAAGAGACUAGAGGAGAUGUCAAGCUCAAGAAGCGAGCUAAGCAGAUCAGGAGAAUCACUGGGGAUGAUCGGUACAUUGCCGAGAUCGAAUUGGAGGCGCGGAACUUCGCCGAUCUGUUGGUCCAGAGCAGUGUCAAAGCCAUCCAUCUAUUGAUCACCGAGCCCGUCCUCUUCGCAUUCGGUCUUUGGAUCGCGUUCGCUUGGUUCACUACCUUCGUCUUCCUCUCCGUCAUCCCUAUCACUUUCGAGGAAAAGAAAGGCUGGAGCCACGGGAUCGCCGGUCUUCCCUAUAUCGCUCUUUGUAUCGGUGUUUCUAUCGCCUUUGGGGUUAACUUUAUUAGCGAACGAAUGUACCGACGCAAGCACGAAGAAAGCGGGGGCAAGAACGUCCCGGAAGCGCGAUUGUAUCUUUCGCUCUGGUUGGGUUGGACCCUUCCUGGCGGUCUUUUCAUCUAUUCUUUCACUCAAUAUGAAAGGCUUCACUGGAUCGGACCCUGUUUCGGGCUAGUCCUUAUCGGAUCCGGUAUCUUCAGCAUCUUCAACGGGGUCUACGACUACACCAACGACUCUUACGGGCAACAAGCGAGUUCCGGAAUCGCGGGACAAGGUCUCAUGCGUAACAUGUUGGCCGCCGUCGGACCUUUGUUCGCUUCGCAGAUGUUCCACAACAUGGGAUCGCAAUACGCUGGCCUUCUGAUGGCAUUAAUCGCGACUCUGUUGACACCGAUCCCCUUCAUCCUGUUCAAGUGGGGGCCCACUUUGAGGAAGCGAUCCAAGGUGGCCUCGCAAUACACGGAUUGAUCCAAACGUCGGCGAGAUGUAUGAGCAUGAUGAGACGAUAUAAUAAUGACCCUCGA